AUGCUGGCAGCAAGUUUGCAGAAUUUAGGACCUGGAGAUUCAGUGCGACAGCAAUUAAUGCAGUUACAGCAGCCUGUCCAAUAUCUUCAACAUUCAGGCAGCCAUAGUUCACAGUUGCAGCAGCAGCAGCAAGCCAUUCAGCAAUCCAGUUCUCCACAUAUCAUGCGUUCACACACCCAAAUGCUACCAGAGAACCUCUCUCGACCAAUACUGGUGAACAAUCAAGCGGAGGAACAGCAACAGCAACAUACUUAUCAGGAGGCAUUUCUGAUUCAAAGCGGUCAGCUCCAGCAGAGGCUGCCAUCAAAUCUCCCCUCUCCUUGUUUUAAAACAGACUUCUCAGAUUCUAACAACAAAUUUCCUGCUUCUAUUGCUCCUACCAGUGUGCAGAAUAUGCAGGGUUUGCUAAGUUGUGAAGGGAGAGGUAAUCUUUUGAAUUUGUCUAGAACUGGUCAGUCCAUGCUAGCUGAACAGCCACCUCAACAAUCCUGGGUACCAAAGUUUGCUCAUCAGCAUGCCAAUACUACUAGUACCAUGUCACUCUCACCAUAUUCUGGGAAAGAUGUUGCUGUGGAGCAGGAAAUUUCCAGUUUGGAUGGCCAGAAUCAAACUGGUUACUGUGCUAAUAUUGAUUCAUCUGGGCUCCUGUUACCCAACACUAUCUCCAGCAUUUGUACUUCUUCAGUUGACGCGAGUAUAUCCUCUGUGCCACUAGGGGCUUCUGGGUUUCAGAGUUCUCUGUAUGGCUACGUGGAAGAGUCUUCUGAUUUUGUCAAGGUUUACAAAUCUGGGUCGGUUGGGAGGUCACUGGACAUCACCCGUUUCAGCAGCUAUCAUGAGCUGCGAGAGGAACUGGGUCGGAUGUUUGGGAUUGAAGGGUUGCUUGAAGACCCUCAAAGAUCAGGCUGGCAGCUUGUAUUUGUUGAUAGGGAGGAUGAUGUCCUUCUUAUUGGAGACGACCCAUGGGAGUAA